UACCGCACCCCUAUGCCAAAGGCAUCUAAGGAUUUCUUUCUCAGUGGUGCAACAGAGAAACCCUCGAGCGUGUUGAGUUCCUGGGCGGAUCGUUUGAGGUACCAUACUCCUCGGUGGCCUCUUGCAUGAGGUGGCCUGGGCCACGUGGGCCACGGAGUGCACAUCGACUGACUGCGUUGGUCUCCGCAUACCUCUGGGGCCGUCCAGGCUUCUCCUUCAGUGCGAUGGCCUCUGGUGCAGAGGAGGUGAUCUUUGGCGAGAUGAGGCUCGCGAGUGGAGCCGUGCUGCUCCGGUCCAAGUCCAGCGUGGCUUUGCAAGGGUUGCAACCCAUUCUGCCCGGCCACUCCGUGGUGGUGCCAUGGCCUUCGGCCACGCGCCUUUGCGAGCUUUCAGAAGAUGCCAUGAAACUGGAAUCCACUGCCAGCAACUGGGCUGUCUUCGAUGGGUGGCCUGCAGGUCAGCCAGUGCCUCAUGCGCACGUGCAUGUGGUGCCGCGAAAGCCGAACGACCUGGAGAAGAAUGACCAGGUGUAUGAGGCGUUGGAACGCUGGGUGCCAUCCUCCAAAGGAGCGGCUUGCCCCCCAUCGAUUGAGUGGCCUGAAGAUGAGGCGCGCAGAAAGCGCACAGGCGAGGAGAUGGCAGCUGAAGCGCUCAGCUAUCGUGCAGUGAUGCCAGGAAGCGGCAGCUUUCCGGAAGAACAGGCCUUUGCAUCCUUCCAGAUCCCAGGGUCCCACAUAUUCUAUGCCUCGGAGUUGACCGUGGGCUUUGUGAACUUGAAGCCCUUGGUGCCAGGCCACGUGCUGGUGGUGCCAAAGCGCGCCGCCCCUCGUAUGGAGGAUCUGUCAGCCGAGGAGUUCGAAGACCUCUUCCGUUCAGUGCGACUGGUGCAAGGUGCCCUGGAAGGAGCCCAUGGCGCUGAGGCCUCGCGCUUGGGCAUCCAAGACGGCGCCGACGCCGGGCAGACGGUGCCGCACGUCCAUGUACACAUUCUGCCGAUCCCUUUGCGCAAAGCGCCGCUUUGAUGGGUGGCCCUUUUCUGCAGCCGAA